AGCAUUAAGAUUUUCUCUCACUGUACUGAGCUGGUCUACAGCUAAACGUAAUAUUUCAGCCUCAAUUUGCGCUACCUGUGUAAAAAGAGAUGGUCAAGCAAUUGGAUAAGGCAAUUCCUUCCUGGGAAAUGACAAAGUACUACGGGCGAAUAUGCGUUUUUCAAUUAAGAUGCAUAAAGUACAGGAUCCAAACCAGCGAAGCUUGGUUCAAUUUCAAAUGCAAAUUUAUGCCUAGCAGUAUAAAGGCGGACGAAUCUAAGUCAAGAGGAACAGAUCCUUGCGAUUCACAAAACAAUGAGAAACAAGCAUCAGUGGCAGAGUCUAAGCCAAAAAUGUGGUUGUCAAAAAAAUUAAGCGAAACUGAAGGUCUCACAAAGCUAGAGGAAAAAAAGAAAUGGCUCCCAUUCGGACGUGGAUCGAAAGACAGAAAGUGCUAAAUGAACGAAAGAAGCUUUCUAUAUGACGGGGAGCAAGCUUUUCACUUUAAGAAAAAUGAAAAAAAAAAACUCUGGCAUUUAAGCAGGUGUAAUUUUAUAAAUUGAUCAUAUUUGAUGGAAUAGAGCCCUCCUGUUCGAAUGAUUUCACUGUGAUUCAAAGGAAGAGUCGACCAU